AUGCUUCAUCUUGAGGGUAAUUGUCACUGUGGAAGUGUCAACUUGUCAUUUCAGUGCAGGGAAUGUUUUGGAAUGGAGAUGCAUUGCAAAGACUGUAUUCCUGAGUAUCACUGUCACCUCCCAUUACACAUCAUGGAGAUGUGGAAUGGUUCAUUUUUUGAAUGGGUAUCUCUGAAAACACUUGGCUUGCACAUCCAACUUAGCCGCAAUCUACAUGAUUGCUAUGUUAAUGGUAUUCAUGAAGUCACACUAGAUUUUUCAACCACUACCAAUCCAUGCACCACUGCAACUUUUGGUGUCCUAGAACAUUAUCAUCUGCUUUCAUUCGAGUCAAAAGUGUCUGCAUAUGAAUUUUACCACAGCUUAGCAUGGCACAGCAACAAUACAGGCCUAAUACCAAUCAGGGAUUGUUAUGCAUUGUUCAUGCACAUGAUUCACAAAUGGAGGCACUUGCAGCAACUUUGGCAUGCAGGGAGGGGGCAUGAUCCCAAUGGUAUCAAUGCCACACAAGAGGGUGAGCUCACUGUAUUGUGCCUGGCAUGUCCACAGCCUGGGAGGAACUUACUGGAAGGGUGGGAGAAUCAUUACACACUUUUCAUUGCUGUGGAUGCAAACUUCUGGCUCAAAAGGAAAGCCAUUUCAAGUGACCAAGUGGACCCUGGCUUGAAUGUUGGCUGGGCUUACUUUGUCAAAGAACAGCAAUAUAAAUCGCACUUGAAUGAUCAUGUACUUCAGCAGCAAGAGCACAGUAGCUAUGUCAGCCACAAUGCCAUCAAUAUAGCAGACAUGAAGUCUUCAUGUGGUUUAGCUGCCGCUGGGCAUCCAAACAGUGUGGGUGACCUCCAGAAGGGGGAGAGGUAUAUCAACAUGGAGUACCUCAUUUUAUCUACCUUGGCAUGUUCACCAGUACCAGUACUCAAUGUGUCUUAUGACAUUGCAUGUCAGUGGUCUAAAAAUUUCUGGGCCCGAAUGGAGACAAUGCUGACACACCUCCACCUCCCCUGUGAAAACCUCAACAUUCAUUACUUUGUCCCAAAGUUCCAUAUUGGCGCACACAUUGAAGAGUGUCAAAUCACAUUCUCUUGGAACUUUGGCAAAUUUGUUGGACAGACAGAUGGUGAAGCACCAGAACAAGGCUGGGUAAAUAUAAACCAAGUUGCUUCAAGCACAAAGGAGAUGGGCCCUGGCACAUGGCACAAUACUUUGGAUGAUUAUUUCAGUGAUUGGAAUUGGAAGAAGAUUACUGCACUUGGUAUGUAA